AUGAAGCAACGAGAAGAGGAUGUCGAGUCCCAAGCUCAGCUACUUUCUAAGGAGAGUCAGUCACCAUCGAGCGAAGAAUUUGACUACGACGAACCCGAAAACAGUCACCAAAAUCAGUCAUCACGCCGUAGACGUCGGAUAGAACAGAAUCCUUUAUGGCGCCGUAUCCAGUCGUUCACGUUACCUAUCUGGGCGCCUUGUCGCAAAUUCAGCCCUAAAUACUACGUCUUCGCCAUUGUCGUAUCCUUACUCAUCACGCUGUUCAUCUUUAACCCCUAUUCCCCGACAAUACCUACCCAGCAUCAGACAGACGUCGACGUGUCUCCCGGAACCCCAACAAGUACUAUCGCAUCCUCUACAAAAGCCGCAAAGCCCACCGAGAGUUCAACACCUGCAUACAAACCACCAAAACUCGAGGCCAACGACAAAUAUUGCACCACAUGGCCCGUGGGCGAAGAUGGCCGAUACGAACCCAAGGGAGCUAGCCGAGCCAACAAGAUCAAGAUAGAUAGCAUUGCUCCUAAAGGUGGAUGGAAAAAACCAGCGGGUAUCAAAGUCAUCGGUAUGGUCUUUUAUGGCCGUAAGAGAUAUGUGGACCUCUUGGAUUGUUACCUCCAGCAGAAUCUGGCAUCGAAUGGCGGCUACUUUGACGAGGUGUGGUUUAUGGCCCACACCAAGGAAAAAGACGAUGUUAGCUGGAUAGAAGAUCUUGUCCAAAAGACUCCCGGUUAUAAGAUUGUCGGCAAGGGAAAAUGUGAAGGCGAAAAAUAUAAGUGCAUGUGGACUUACGCCGUCGAGGACAAAACUAUCUAUGUCAAAAUAGAUGACGAUAUUGUUUAUAUCCACCCCGACGCCAUCCCUCAACUUGUCCAUACUCGCAUUGCCCUACCUCAUCCGUAUGCCAUCUCGUCAAACCUAGUUAACAGUCCCGUCACGGGAAUGGAGCAAUAUCACUACGGUGCGAUCCACCCCUUUCUCCCGGACCCGAGCAGCAAGCCUUCGUUUCAUGCUGCGGAGACGUGGCGCGCUUCCGAAAAGAAGAAAUAUCCUAAAGACCAACUGGUGGACGAAUAUAAGAUCAUGGACAUGGAACCGUCGUACCGCGGCCACCCUUGGCUCCUUAUAUCUGACGACCACUAUGACCUACUGAAAACACCCAUGGGAAAAUACGACCAGAACCGUGGUUCCGACCCAAUUGCAUUCGGUUUGGCGUGGAAGUCGUGGGCUAUCGGCGCGCAGCAACAAUAUUCUCUCUUGUACAAUCUUGAGCAGAAUAAGAUGCAACGCUAUUUCUUCGGCCGAAAUAUCCGAUACCCGGAAAGCGCUUUGGGACCCAAUGCUUCCGCAGUAGUCUUCCCUAACGGGGACGGCCCCGGUGGUGAGCAGACAUAUGAUACCGGGUACAACCGAUACAACUUGAACUUCUGCGCCGUAUGGGGUUCCGAUAUCAGGGAUCAACUACCCAUUGCCGACGAUGACGAGCAAGAUAUCACUGCGGAUAUUCCUAGACGCAUUGGACGGCCAUUCGUAAUCGACACCCGCUCCGUAGUAGGCCAUUUUAGCUUCUUUACCCAGAAGGAUGGUAUCAAUAAGAGCGAUCUUCUAGAUCGAUGGCGAGCAUUCGCGAACGAAGCGGUCUGCACCGCAAAAAACCAGAAGAAGCCGUGGGAUCUGAUGUGUCCGGACUUCAAAGCCGAGGGUGGAGAAAGGAGGAGGGAGGAGAGGGAGGAGAGGGAGGAGGGAGGGAGGAGGGAGGGGGGAGGGAAGGGAAGGGAGGGGGAAGGGAGGGGGGGAGGAGAGAGAAAGAGCAGGAGAAAAAGAAGGAGAGCAAAAGGGAAGAAAAGGAAGGAGAAGAAAAGAAAAGAAAAGGAAGAAAAGGAAGAAAAGGAAAAAAGGAAAAAGGAAGAAAAGGAAGAAAAGGAAGAAAAGGAAGAAAAGGAAGAAAAGGAAGAAAAGGAAGAAAAGGAAGAAAAGGAAGAAAAGGAAGAAAAGGAAGAAAAGGAAGAAAAGGAAGAAAAGGAAGAAAAGGAAGAAAAGGAAGAAAAGGAAGAAAAGGAAGAAAAAGGAAGAAAAGGAAGAAAAGGAGGAAGGAAGAAAAGGGAGAGAAGGAAGAAAGGGGGGGAAAAAAGAAAGAAAAAGAAGAAGAAGAAAGAGGAGAGAAAAGAAGGAGAAAAAGAAAAGAAGAAGGAAGAAAGAGAGGAAAGAGGGAAAAAGAAGGAGAAGAGAGGGAGGAAGAAAGGGAGAAGAGAAAGGGGGAAGGGGGGAAAGAAAGGGAAAAAGGGAAAGGAGGGAAAGAGAGGGGGGGAGAAGGGGGGGAAGGGGAGAAGAGAAAAGGAAAAGGGAGGAAGGAGGGAGAGAAGGGGAGGGAGGGGGGAGGAAGAGGGGAGAGGGUGGAGAAGCAGGGGGAAUGAGGGAAAGAAAAGAAGAAAAAAUAAAUAA